GUCGUGCAAAGUGGUACACAGUCCCGGGUACCAAUGGGGAGCUUCCGGGCGGUUAUAUUGAGUUUAACUCUGUUGAGUCAGUUCUAUGGUGGCUUCGGGCAGUACGCAUCGUCGUCCUGGGGCAACACUCAGACGACAGCAGCAAGAAACAAUUACCCCGGUAACACGUACUAUGGAUGGAACGGCAACAGUGUGGCACCCGGAAGGGUGGACACCAACAGAUACUCGCGCAUUUCGUGUAGGGAAAAUGCGAUCAAUUACGAUUGCCUUUUCAAAGAUGUGCACAUCGAGGAAAACGAAGCGGUAUCGACAGACCGCUUCAGCGAUUAUGGACUACCGCACGCCAGUGCCGUAAAGUCGCUGGCGUUUACGAGCUCCACUGUUAGGCGUUUGCCCGCAGCACUGCUGGACACGUUUCGGAACACCGUACUGCUUAACCUGCAGGAUCUGCAACUAAGAACGAUCGAUCGCGAUGCCUUCGCCUAUGGGGAGCAGCUACAGCAGCUGUACCUAAGUUCGAAUGGAUUGACGCAGCUUGAACAGGGCGUAUUCGACAGUCUGCGUGCAAUGAAUGUGAUAAUGCUAAAUAGAAACCAUCUUUCGUUUCUUCCGGAGGGCUUGUUUUACCGCAACGAGAUGCUGCUUAGUGUGUCAAUAACACAUAACAGUCUUACGCGCAUCGAAGAUAGUACCUUCGCGUACAAUCGUUAUUUGGAGAGUGUCAAUGUUUCUAGCAACAGUAUCGAACACUUUGACCUGAGUCGGCUUACUACAGCUUUCGAGAUUGAUGUUAGCCAUAACCGUCUUAGACAGGUGAAGAUUCCGACAGAGUUGAGAAGACUAUUCGCCUCCCAUAAUCAUAUCGAUCGCAUAGUAACCAUUGGACAAAACAGGAAACUGAAGGUGCUCGAUCUUUCGAAUAACAAGCUAACGACCGUUUCCUGGGCAUCGAUGUACUCGGAACUGGAAGAGCUCGAUCUGGGGCACAACGAAAUUGAAGACGUGCAGCAUGUGCAUUUCCCCGCGCAAAUAAAGCUGAAGAAGCUGUUGCUGAACAACAAUCGUUUGUUCACCUUCGACCUCUCUAACGGACGCCUCAGACAACUGCAGGUGUUGGAUCUGUCGUACAAUCAGUUAACGUAUGUGGACAGCAACAGUAAGAUCUUCGACAGGCUACAGCAGCUGUAUCUACACAAUAACGCUAUCGUAACGCUAAGAUUAUCAGCCAACAACUCGUUACAGAACAUCAGCCUUUCGAAUAAUGAUUGGGAUUGUGCGAAUCUACGCACACAGCUCGCGCUGAUUGACCCAUCGGCUAUCCGGGAUGCUAACGAGUCCUCAUGCCCACAAGGAUACAUUAUUGAGCGUCGGUUGUGUUGCAAGGAAACUAAAAUUGUGUAUCUCGAUCGGUUGUUGGUAGCGAUCAGGCAGAGAAAUGUGUUUGAAUUGGCCAAACGAAAUCAGUGCGAUGAUUACCAGAAUGCGGUCGUGGAUAUUGACAUGUUGAAUGCGGCUCUGGCAACGGCCUCCGUGCAGUCGCUCGAAACGCUCAGGAGCGAAGUAAGCGAGCUGCAAUCCAUUGUUGUAUCAUUAUCAGUUGAGAAACAAAACACGGAGCAGUUGUUGGACAAAGUAAAUCAUAAUCUCAUUGUUCAAUUGGGCCGAUAUGGUGCAGGGCUUGAAGGUUUGGAUACACCACUGUUGAUGGUGAACGAAUUGAUUACGCGGCUAGAGAAUCGUCAUAAACUUUUAAGAAACCAAACCAUCGAGAAAAAGGAAAAAGUCCAGCUGAUGAAAAAGCAGAAAGAUGAACACAAAGCAACUGUUGAUUCGUUGGAAAUCGCUUUAAAUAACAAAAAGGCCUUUCUAACAAUGAUUGGUUUGUUAAUCCGCGCUUUUUCUACUCAGUAGAGCUCGAUUAGCUCGUGAAUUUGACGCCUUGAAUCUUGAAAUCUUGAAAUGAAUCUUUUUCUGCAAAU